UCCAUCGUCUUCUGCUUCAUUCUCCUAUUUUCCCUUUCAUUUCUUCACGGAAGAAAAAACGAGUUUUUAUUUUAUUUAUUGUUGCAAGCUUCAAUGGUAUAAGCGUGGUCUCUGACGAUGGAUUCUUUGAUUUGUUGUUUGCCCCUAAUUUGUUUUCGUCUUGAUUUUUUUAUUUGGUAACCACCUAUCAAGGUAUCCCACAAGUUUCAGUCCUUUGACCGACAAAGGAUCGGUUAUGAGUCGGGACAUAGUCACACCUUUGCCCCUACCAAAGAGUGUAUCUGGGGGUCGAACCCAGGUCUUCCCCUGGUUUUUGGUUUUGCUUACUAUAAAAAAUUCAACUAGAUAAAAGCCUAUAGUAGGCAACCAUAUUAAGAAGCAAAUCAAACCGGAUAAAGUAGUUUGCUAUCACCAAAACUAAGGGUGCAGACCUCAUUGUUGACAGUAAGUAUCAGAUGGAUCACUUUGCAGCCCAUGAAGAGCAACUUGCUUCCCUGAGAAUGAGGCAGAAAUUUGAAGAAGUAAAUGUGGCUGCUCAAACUAAUCUUGCCCCUGUCCAGGACUAUGUCAAUUUUACCCUUCAGAAAGCCUAUUUUAUGUGUGCAUAUGAGUGCUUUGAUAGAAGCAAAAGGCAGGAAGAAAUAAGCAGUUGUGUCGAAAAUUGCAGUAUUCCUCUUUCUAAUGUGCAACACACAUUUGAUCAUGAGAUGGCACAGUUUCAGGAGAGAUUGAAUAGAUCUCUGAUGGUGUGUCAAGAUAAGUACGAGGCAGCUAGGCUCCAGAAGAAAAAUGAUGCUAUGAAUGAUUUCGUUUCCUGUGCUGACCAGUCAAUCCAGGAAAACAUCAAGACGUUGCCACAUCUUGCCAACAAGUUGAAAGCUUCCUUUGGAAUUAGGGACAAUGGUUCCUCGUAGCUUGUUGAAAGCUUCCUACAUUAUUUCUUUUUUCUUUUUAAAAGAGAGGGUAAAAGACACAAUUUUGCUCUCCGUGAAAGCAUUGAUUUAUUUGGUUGUAUCUUAUCUGGAUUGAUUAUUUAUGAAAAGUUAAUGUAUGCAUUCCUAAAUUUACA